GAACGUCACAUCUGACAGAGACUCAACAACAGAGCCCCCGAGGAAGACACCGGGCAUCGAACCCUCCUGCAGCCCUCCACCGGCGCCUCUCUUCCUCUUCUUCUCAUCCUUUUCUCCUCUUUUCUUCUGGUUUUCUUCACUUCUUCCCUGACCUCUUCAGACACUGUUGCUUCUACUUUUAGCCCGAGUACGAGCCGCGGUUAGCUUCUCUGUCCGUGUUUGGAGUCACAGAACUUGGCUGUCACACCGUGGAAGUGCCACUAAAGACAGAGCCGGGACACUGGGGGACGAUGGGGGACAUAAACCCGUCCACGUCUCACACGUUUCAGCCCGAGGGCUUCAGUCCGCAGUAUCGCAGGAGAAGGACUGUGGAAGACUUUAAUAAAUUCUGUACUUUUGUUUUGGCCUACGCCGGCUACAUCCCGUAUCCGCAGGAGGACUCAACCGUGCGCAGCAGCUCCAGUCCUCCCAACAGCACAGGCAGCACAGCGGACAGUGACGGCUGGACCCCAGGACCCUCCACCCCCUGUGUCCCACGAUCCAACACACAGGACCGCAACAGGAAGAGGCCACAACCAGGAGGCACUCUGCCUGCACAUGCUAAAAAAGAGCUCACCGUCGGCUCGUUUCACACAGACGAGCGUCGAAAAGUGGAAAAACUGAAGAAGAAGAAGAGACGAAAGGAGCUCUUACCUGGAGAUGCUCACUCACCUGAGCUGCACUGUGGCUUGCCAAUCAAAGAUGAGCCCGAUGAUGAUAUCAGCAUCGCCCCUCCCAGCCCCGCCCGUUCGUCCUCAGGUUAUAAGGAGGAGGGGGAGUACCAGAGGGGGGAGUACCCGGGCGAGGAGGACCUCCGGGAGGAGAGGCAGUGCUGGGAUCUGCAGGAGGGCGUGGUGCAGGUGCAGAAGGUGGAGGGGUUGCCAGGUAACAGGACGGUUUUCAGGCAGGGGAAGCAGGUGGUGUUCAGGGAUGAGGACGGAUCUGGAGAGGACGAAGACAUCAUGGUGGACUCAGAUGACGACUCGUGGGACCUGGUCACAUGUUUUUGUAUGAAGCCGUUCGCCGGCAGAGCCAUGAUCGAGUGCAACACCUGCCACACCUGGAUUCACCUGUCGUGCGCAAAGAUCCGAAAGAGCCACGUCCCCGAGACAUACGUGUGCCAAGGGUGCCGGGCGCGAGGGCUUGGGAGAGCAUCGGGGGCGGAGCCGACGGGCACCGUGGGGGCGGGGCAGGACGCUCGCAGGUCCAACCGCUCCAGAGUUGGAUCCAAAAAACACAUGCUGGACUGAAGAGGGUACCGUGGAGACACGUGGGGUCAAAGGCCAACCCUGGACUGCAGGAUGGACUCGGUGCUUCCCCCUUCUGCUCCAGUUCAGGUCUCUCCCUCCUCGAGUGGGAAAGUCGGGCCACAUCAGGAAAUGUGAACAAAAUGAGCAGAUAUUUGAACUGUUCUUGAAAAUAGUGCAAAGGCCCAGAGAUCUGAUCGAUAAUGUCUCCACAAACAAACAUGUGAAGGAAACAAAACUCUAGGUCUGUUUCUGAGAAAGAGCAUUAGAACAUGGAGCUCUUGGGGGUCAGGGCUCAGUUUGAGUGACACAGGAGAUUUAACUGUUAUAAAGGGAAAGUUCAGGUUAAAAGACAAUUUAAAUAUUUAUUUUACAUGACAAGCUUUAUCAAACUAAACAAAAGGAAGUCAUUAUUAGCUGUCAAAAUAUCAAAAUUCGGAUACUAAUGAUACUGAAACUAGUAUCAAAACUAGAUCCUCAUGUUUGAACAGGCAUUGAUAUUAAAAAUGUCCCAUUGACAGAAAUGAACCUUUCCUGAAUCCGUUAUAAUGAUGUUGAGCUACAUCUUUCAAAAAUAUAAGACACAUAGACUAGAAUACACCCAUGGACCACUAUGGACCGUACCAGGACCGUACCAGGACCGUACCAGGACCGUACCAGGACCGUACCAGGACCAUGGACCACUAUAUAAGACACAUGGGAAUAGAACACAAAGUACAACAUUUAAUGUGGAACAGCAUAUUGUCAAAAGAAAAAGGGUUUUAUCAUCGUGGGAUUGGUAUCAAGUAUCAAGUCUGUUCUUUAGUAUCAAAUAGUUUGAGAGUUUAGUUUAGUGACUCUUGUAAUGAUCAGUUUUACUAAUUUAAGCACCACAUGGACCACCUCACUUCACAUGUGUUUUAUCCAAUUAUAGAAAGUAAUCAAUACUUUAAUCUAAACGAGUGAAUAUUUAUUAAGAACAUUUUUCAGAACGUGUCAAAAUUGUGACCAAAUGUUCAGAUUUAAAUAGAAUCUUAGGGUUGAAAUGUUUCACUCAUAAAUGUUAUAAAAGUUUAAAUUCUGUUUUAGAAUCAUUUCAGCUCAGAUGCAGCAUCACAUGUAGAAAUACUCAAAAAUCCACUUGCAUAACCCUGUGUACCUGUUUGUCUCCAAGGAGAUGUUUCUGCUUUGCCUGGAAUGUUUCUCUGGCUUUACAUGUAUUGAGCAUUUACUUCACUGCAGCGUUUUCACUCACAGGCAUUUACUAUGAGUGGGCUCUCCACAGAUCUGACCUGUAGCUUGGUAAUGCUAUUUUUAGAAACAUUCUUGGCAUUAACGUCUCUCUGGAAACAAGCAAAAGUUACAUAGUGCAUCUUUUAAACUAGAUUCAUUUUGAGCUAAUUUAAGAUUAGACAAACAAAAAUACUAGUAACUUUUUAAUAAGUAUUUUUAAAAGUCAUGUAUUUCCUUGUCUGGUCCAGUUUCCCAUUCUAAGCCCUGCCCUCUAAGCCCUCCUCAAAGCCACUUUCCUAUUAUGGACCUAUGGACUUCUGUUUGAAGCCGUUUUCAAUCCCACUGACUCUGAGCGUACGGCAAUCACUCGUGUACGUCAAAGUUUGUCGAUAAAGAUUAGCAUAACAACAAGCCGCUACCGUUUCUGGGGAGGGAGUUCUCAUCAACGAACACUGGAACUGCCAUAGAGAAAUCUCUCCCCUUUGUAACUGCCACCCCGACCCUGGUGCAUGCUGGGAUUAGUAGGAAAAGACAGUUUGCACUUUGUUUCUCUCAUAAAGCUCCCAUAUUAUGAUAUAUUUAGGCUUUUCUAAUGAAACAAAGUUGUUUCAGAACUUCAAACGUGUAUUUAUGGAUAAUGUGAACUGUAUUGGAAGAAAACACUUCAGACCCAUUUCUUUGUGGGAUUUUCCUGGUCUGAACUUGGUCUGGAAUUGGGACUUGAGUCGUAGUUUAGUCCUGGUUCCACAGUUCUGCCACAGAGGGAUUUCCUGCAAGUUCAAACAUUUGAAAAAGCUACUUUAUCGUGAUAUGGGAGCUUUAUGUAUAUUUUCUGUUUUAAUUUAUCGAUUGCUCUGAAAAGUCAAUGUUACGUAAAAAAAAGUUGGUUCGAAUUUGACUAAAGUGUAUUUUGCUCGAUGGUGCUCAAAGUUUAUAGAUUAAUUGAAACAUAAUAGAACAAAGUUUGUGAAUGCUUUUAUUUCAGAUGAUCACGAGGCUCUGAGCCGAUGCCGAAUCUCCAGCUGUCUUCCAUACAAACACUGUCACUGCCAGCGGUGCUCUUCUGGUGGAGCCUGGGGGGAAUGUGUGGAAAAACUGAUAUUACGGUUGUAUAGCCCAUAGGCUUAAGUGUGAUGUCACUUCCUGUCCAUCCUCUGACUUCCUGUUUGUUUAGUGACGACACAUCUAAUGCUAAACAGACUGCAGUCGUUUAAACGUGCUCAUGAACAUGGAUCUAUGGAACUUUGACAAACUGUACGAGGGAGGUGUGCUAAGAAGCUAGGCUAGGCUAAGCUAGCAUUGGCCGUGAUGGCAGUUGGUGAGAUGUACACACUGGUAAACCUGUGUUUUGAUUGUCAAAUAUGUGAAUACAGUACUGCAGUUACACAGUUUGAACUGAAACACUUUUGAAAUGAAACACUGGUUUGAUGAAGGAACAAAAACAAACAAAUCAGCUGUGACUCAGAAGUGACAUCACACAACAAAACAUUAUGUAAAGUGCAUAUGACAGGUUUUCAUGUUUGUCUUAUUUUGACCUUGUUUAGUGGAUCGUCCCUGUGAUAAAUAUCAGAGUUUUACAUCAGUUCAGUUGCAGUUUAUGACAAAAAGUCCAAAAAUACAGGAAGUGGCUCUGAAUUCUAUUCCCUCUGCCUCUGAACACGGAGCAUGCAAACACAGAUAUGAUUUACAAACAAGAACAGAUCUGACACUUUAAAGCUUAAUUUCGCUAAAUAAAGCUGUUAUUUAUUUUUCUCUAAUCAGAACUAUUGUGUAACUCCGUCAUAUUUUGGCUCUUUUUUACAUUAUGGUUGCUAGGUAAUAGUUAUGGAAUUAGCACCUAGUAAAAUUAUAAACUCCUUUCAAAAUUGGCACAUCAAGGAAAACCAGGCCAGAUUUGUGCUGUUCACGUCUUUUGACCUGCCAUAGGCACUUUAAAACUUAUGUUUGAGAGAUACCCAAAUGUGGGUCAUUUUACAGGUCUGUGUGAAUGCUCCUGCCCCAUUUUUCAAUAUGACACUUGCCAUAGGUAGAACUGGAUUAUGCAUUAUCUUUAAAGUCAUAUUUUUCACAACACUUUCUGGGCCCUGAACCGCCAGUUGAGAACCACUAGCAUAGCUCAUAUGCUCAUUUGAAUUCUUGUCUACAAGUCAAAACAAAAGCUAACCACCUCCCAUGUUUAAGCUGUAACAUUGUCAUAUCAGUAUUGACUUCCUGGUGCAAAGGAUUAUGGGAGUUAUAUUUCUUGUCACUUUUGUGUAAACCCAGAUGAAGCUUUUCUUCCUGUGCCAUUGCUGUUCGGCUGCUGUUUGUGUAGGUUUCUGACUGUUUUAAAAGCCAUACUCCAGACUCAGAGUGGACUCUGGGACAGACCGAGCAGCUUUCAGAUGUUUAGAAAGAAUAAACUCAUGAUUUUACAGAAUAAGAAGAUAAAGCUAAGGCUACGGAGUUCUCAGGAUUUGAACUUGUCCCAAGAACAAAAGGCUUUGGGAAUUCUCAUUCUAAAACUUCAGUGUAAUAAUAUGUCUGAGGAGGUCUUUGCCCUUGGUCUAACCCUAAUCCCAUUUCUGGUCUUGGUCCCGGUCUCAGUUUCGGUCCUGGUUUUGGUGCUGGUCUUGGUCCCGGUCCCGGUCUUGGAGAGUGUCUA